GGUGGCCGCAGCAGCUGUAGGAAACGCGAGGCGGAGAGCGGGCGGCGGCGCUGCUCAGUCCGGGCCACGCCGCGGGAGGGAGAAAGAGUGGGAGGAGGGAGAAGGGCUAGGCAGCGCUGUGCGCUCCGCCCGGCCCCAUGCCCUGAGCUCCGCAGGACCGCCCCUGAACACGGGCGCCCCGCCGGUGCCCCCCCGCCCCGUUGGCACCAUUGCCCCGACGGCGCGACCGGGCGGCCCGGCGCUUGCUAGGCUCCGCGCCGGGAGGAAGACGCUACUGGCGGCCGCGGUGGGAGUGGUGAUGCUGCUGGUCCUGGUCGUGCUGAUCCCCGUGCUCGUCAGCUCUGGCGGCCCCGACGGCCACUAUGAGAUGCUGGGCACCUGCCGAAUGGUGUGUGACCCCUACCCGGCCCGGGCCCCAGGCUCCACCACGGCCGCCCGCCCCGACGGUGAACCACUGAGUGAGCACAGUGGUGCCCCUCCGCCUUCCACUCUGGUGCAGGGACCCCAGGGGAAGCCUGGCAGAGCUGGGAAACCUGGACCUCCAGGACCCCCAGGAGACCCCGGUCCCCCAGGCCCCGUGGGCCCCCCUGGGGACAAGGGUGAGCCGGGGAAACCAGGUCCCCCAGGGCUCCCAGGCCCUGGGGGCAAUGGUGCCAUCAGCACAGCCACCUACACUACGGUGCCACGGGUCGCUUUCUACGCGGGCCUGAAGAAUCCCCACGAGGGCUAUGAGAUCCUCAAGUUCGACGACGUAGUCACCAACCUGGGGAACAACUACGAUGCGGCCAGCGGCAAGUUCACGUGCAACAUCCCUGGCACCUACUUCUUCACCUACCACGUCCUGAUGCGAGGAGGGGAUGGCACCAGCAUGUGGGCAGAUCUCUGCAAGAACGGGCAGGUCCGGGCUAGUGCUAUCGCCCAGGACGCUGACCAGAACUAUGACUACGCCAGCAACAGCGUGAUUCUGCACCUGGAUGCUGGGGACGAGGUCUACAUCAAGCUAGACGGCGGCAAGGCGCACGGCGGCAACAGUAACAAAUACAGCACCUUCUCCGGCUUCAUCAUCUACUCCGACUGAGCCCAGGCUGGGUGGGGUGGGGGCAGGAUCAGGGGCAGGGUGCCUCUCUCUCCCCCGCCCCUCCCUUACUCUCUCCCACCCAAGCCACGCCCCAGGGGCAAUCUUGGAGCUACCCUCGCUCCAAGAUCUGGCCGGUGGAGAGGGGAUAUGUCCCCGGAUCUCCUCCUGUCCAUGUCUCCCCAUCCCCAGCCAGACCCUGAAAGGAAAGGAGGGACUGGGGUGGGGUGGGGUGGAGGAUGGGAACAGCCUCAGCCUGCUGUAACACCUGGGGCCCUAGGGGCCACUAGGUGUGCUACCACAAACCAGGGCCCGGGGUUGUUCACGCUAUUAGACCGCCUCUUCGGUCCCGGGGCUGUAAAGACCUUCACCCCUCCCGCACUGUAUAUAUGUACAAUACGACUGUAUAUGUUCUUGGAGUGCCGCGUCUCCCACCCUAACUCCUCAUCCCGGGAGAAGGCUGGGGUGGGGAGUGGAAUUAUCAGAAGGUAAGCCUUUCUUCCAUAGUGACUCCUCCCGCCCCACUGCCUCUCACCCCGAGGAGGUCAAGGUUGGGAGCGCCCCAGACAGCCUUCUUCAAACCCCGCCUCUUUCCCCCAGCGAUACCCAAAGCCCCUGGCCCGGCUCCGCCGCGCCCCAUCUGACCAAAGCUAUAAUAAAAACACACGUCCAUC